AUGCAGAGGCAUCAGCUGCUGCAGCCUGCCCCUCCGUGGGCCCUUUCAUGCAUUGCUUUGCUGCUGUCUCCUCCCUGCUGCAUAUCUGAGGUGUCUCUGCUGCCCUGUGAACUUUUUAAUGCGGCUCUCCCCCCCAAAUCGGAUACUCAGGAGACCCCUGCAGCAGCAGCAGCCACAGCAGCAGCAGCAACAGCAGCAACAGCAGCAGCGGCAACAUCAACCGCAGCAGAAAAAACAGCGACAGCAGCAAAAUCAGCAGCAGCAGCAGCAGCAUCAGAUGCAGCAGCAACAACAGCAGCAGCACCAGAUGCAGCAGCAACAACAGCAGCAGCAGCAGCAUCAGAACCAACUGCAGCAGGAGAAGCAGCAGCGGCAGCAGGAGUAGCGGAAGCAGCAGCAAGAGCAGCAGAAACAGCAGUAGAAGAAACGGCGGCAGCAGCGAAUGAACAGCAGGCGGCAGCUCAAUUGCUGCAGUCUAGGGGUGCCCAAUACGGUUUGCUGCUCAGCAGCAGCGACGAAGUUGAGGGUCCUGCUGCUGCUGCUGCUGCUGCUGCUUCUUGCACACCCCCGCAGCAGCACUUCGCGUUGGGGCUUUGUAAUUGUGUCCUCUCGGGGCUGCAUGCAGCCGCACAGCGAGCGCUCGACGCACCCCCUUGCUGCCCUCCUGCUGCUGCUGCAGCUGCCACUGUUGCUGCUGCUGCUGCUGCUGCUGCUGCUGCUGCCUGGUGUGGAGAAGCUUCUGGGGUUGAUAAGGGGCCUUGGGGGCUGUUGAAGACAGUCGGGCUUCUUAGGCUUCUUCGCAUUCUUUGCGGAGACACAUACAUCGACAAAGAAAACCAAAUAAAGCAAUUAAUCACCUUGACUGGCUACCAGCUUCCUGUUGCUGCUGCUGCUGCUGCUGCAGCAGCAGCAGCAACAGCAACAGCAGCAAUACCAACAGCAACAGCAGCAGGAACGGAAGCAGGAACAGCAGAAUCAACUGCUGCAGCAUCAACUGAAGCCCUAGAUGCUGCUGAAGAGCAGCACGGGAAUGCUUCUGCUUCUGCUUCUGCUGCUGCUGCUGCUGCGGCUGAUUCGAUUGCUCCUCUCCUUGAAGAGCUGCGGGCCUCGCGUCUGCCGCUGCUGCUUCAUCCCAAAGGCGCAGAGAUGUGGGCGCUGAGGCGCCAGCAGCUGCGGCGAUGCAUUCGGGUCUGUCUGCAGCAGCAGCAGCAGCAGCAGCAACUGCAGCAGCAGCACCAGGUGGGGCCUCAAACGCCUGGGCCUGCUGCAGCUGCAGCACCAGCUGCAGAAGCUGAUAUAUUUCUGCUGCAGGAAGUUAAUUGGCUCGCUAAGGAAGCAGCGCAGAGCCUCGACUGGCACCGAGCCCCCCCCGUACAGCAGCAGCAGCAGCAGCAGCAAACGCAGCAGCAGCAACAGCAGCAGCAGCAGUUGCUGCUGCUGCUGCUGCAGUCCGAGCUGGGCUUGGUUGUGUGGCACCUAAAGGCGCGCAGCCACAGCUACCCAGCAGCAGAGCAUGCACACCGCGUGCUGCAGCUGUUCCUUGUGGAAGUCUCAAGUGCUGCUGCUGCUGCUUCUGCUGCUGCUGCUGGUCUUCCCGCUGCUGAGAGCAGCAGCAUCAGCAGCAGCAUGGCUGCAGCAGGACCAGGCGGGUGCAGCAAGCAGCAGCAAGAGCAUGCUUUGGAUUUGCUGCUGCUGCAGCGCGCUGUAGAGACAGAAGAGAGACUCUUUUGGAGACAUCUAGCACAGACGCAGCCCUUUCAUUUUGCUGGGGGGCAUCAGCUGCUGCGUCUGCUCUCUCACGACCUGCAGCGCCUGCUGCAGCAGCAGCUGCAGGUGCAGCAGCAGCAGCAAGCUGCUGAGAUAGCGCCGCUGGAUCCCUCUUGGAUUGUUCAGCAGCUGCAGCAAGGGGGCCUCGCUGCUGCUCGUGCUGCAGAGACAGCCGAAGAGGCGCGCUGCAUUUUGUCUCUCUUCCCUUCUGCUGAGGCUGCCUGGCGCACCUGCACUUAUUCUUUUGUUUGUCUCUUCAAGUGGGCAGCAGAAGCAGCAAAACAAUGCCUGCUGCAGCAGCAACAUCAGCAGCUGCUGCAACAGCAGGAGAAACAGCAGCAGCAGCAGCAACAGCAGCAGCAACAACACCAACAGCAGCAACAGCAGCACGAUAAACAGCAGCAGCAACUGCAGCAGCAGCAGCAAAUGCAGCAGCAGCAGCAACUGCAGCAGCAGCAGCAGCAGCAGGAGCAGCAGCAGGAGGAGCAGCAGCAGAGGCUGAUGAGGGAGGUGGUGCUGCCUCCGCUAGCGGCCUUAGUACGCAAUGAAGAGGUCUGGGCCUCUCAGGUGUCUCCUUGUCUCUUUUUAAAGCGCCACAUCUCCACUUUAAAAGAAGAGUUGGCUUGGCUUGCAGAGACAGACCUGCAGAUACACCCGAACUGA